AUGAUCAAUGCCGCCGCGCUCCUCGAAAUCUCCCACGAGUCCUUGUACGAGCACGUGUUCGCCGCGCACACCGAGCACCGGCCGUGCGCCCACCAGCACUUGGGAUAUGUGGACAAGUCCGCAGACAAAAUCAACGUGUGUCUUCCCAGGGCAGGCGUCGACUUGUCGGUGCAGCAGCUGCUUCUGUCGCUUUCCUCCGGCACGCAGCUGUCCAGCACUGGGUUCAUUUGCUGGCAGACGGCGCUGUACUUUGCCGACUGGGCAGUGGCGUUUGCCCCGUGCCCCUUGGCGGCGGUGCUCCACAAAGACAGCGUGGUGUUGGAGUUGGGCGCCGGCGUGAGUGCGGUACUAGCCGCGGUGGUGGGGCCCCGGGUGGGCCACUACGUGGCCUCCGACCAGGCCCAUCUUUUGAAGCUCAUGAAGCAGAACUUCCGGGCCAACGUGGUUUCCCAGCGGUACGACAGCAACACGUGCGCCAAGGACCGGGACCACGCGCCGCGGCGGCUGGACGCGGCGGCGAAGUGGAGCCAGAUUGAUUUUGUUGCCUUGGACUGGGAGGGCCCGGGGCCGGGCACACGGCGGUUCGCGGAGUUGACGGGGCGCCCCCACGCGGACGUGGUGGUUGCCUGCGACACCAUCUACAACAGCUACUUGAUCGCGCCUUUCCUCGCGUGCAUGGCGCUGGCGAUGUGCGAGCACACCGUGGCGGUGGUGGCGAUGCAGCUCCGGGACGAGGCCAUCACCGAGGAGUUUUUGGAGCGGGCGUUGCAGGCGGGCUUGCGUGUGUUCCAAGUCCGCGACGAGCACCUCACGCCCGAGCUCAUCGAGGGCUUUGCCGUGUACUGUUUCCGGAAGCGGAAGGCGGAGGGGCAGGCGGAGGGGACCUGUGGUGAGCAUAUCCGGGGUGGGCAUAUCUGGGGUGAUGUUGUCUGA